UCUCUGUGCGACAUCACCCAUCCUCUCGCCCUGUCCUCAGCGGCGACUCUACCGCCGUGCAAACAUUUGUUUGCGUCCUCUCAUUGAACAUCGAGCGCCUUGUACGCUCCUUGCUGGCUUCGGCUUCACCACGAUCUUUCCCCUUCUAUUCUACUAUCUUUUCAGCACAUGAUGUUUUCUUCCAGGUCUCUUGUUGCGGCUACCGCUGCGCUUUCUUUAAUAUCUUCCUCAGUCGCGGCUGUUCUUGAAGGCUCAAUUACACCAGCUACCUAUGUACCUGGCGGAAAUACGAACCUGGCUAUGUACUGGGGAGCUGGUGUUAACGAACAGGAACUGUCCACUUUCUGCUAUGAGUCAACGGUCGAUAUCAUUCCUAUCGGAUUCAUGAAUGCAUUCCCUGCCCAGGGCAAUGGCCUCCCUGGCUUUGUCGCUGGUGAUUAUGGAUGCUGGGGACCGGAGGGUUACCCUUAUUAUCAAGGUCCGGGUUAUGAUGGGGAUAACGACCCUGAGAAUAAUUUGCUUCCCUCCCGCUGCCCGAACAUCCAGCAGGAUAUCCCUCUUUGCCAGCAACUAGGAAAGAAGAUUCUGCUUUCAUUGGGAGGUGGGAGUGGUAAUUAUCAACUUACCGGUGCUGCCGAUGGGGUGGCUUUUGCGGAAUUCCUCUGGGGCGCAUACGGACCGUACAAUCAAAGCUGGAUCGAUCUCAACCCGGCUACGAAUAUUCGACCGUUCGAUAGAGGGCUUUACAACACAUCCACUUCAACUGAUUACCAAAUUGACAUUGAUGGUUUCGAUUUCGAUAUUGAGUUGGCACCAACGGAUUCUGCCGCCGGCUACAUUGCUUUGGUCAACAGGCUGCGUGAACUCAUGGCAAGAGAUAACCCAUCCAAGACCUACAUCAUCUCUGGAGCUCCUCAGUGUUCUCUUCCGGAACCAAACAUGGGAGACCUGAUCACAGGUGCCAAAUUUGACUUGCUCUGGAUCCAAUUCUACAACACUCCAUCGUGUAGCGCUCGCGAGUAUUUCACGCCAGUCCCAGGAGGGCAUUUCAACUUCGACCAGUGGGUGACCUUCGUCAACUCCGGAAAGAGCGCAGGAAACCUAUAG